UGAAGCAGCCCGUUUGUUCUUCGCUGAAACUGAAACUGAGAAAGCAGAGAGAUGGAGGCACUAUUUGUUCGCCUCUCCAAAACGCUAAUGACCACCGCUUCGGAUCGCAUCUUAUUGUCACUGGGAAAACCCCCAUCAUUCUUGUUCAGUUUGCAAAACCAAAAGCAAAAAGCUUUCCAUUCUUCCAACAACGAUAGUUCCAAUUCCCCAAUCGGGUCUCCAACUAGAGUCCAGAAGCUGAUAGCUUCCCAAUCAGACCCUCUUCUCGCCAAAGAAAUCUUCGACUACGCCUCUCGCCAACCCAACUUCCGACACUCUUACUCCACCUACCUCAUUCUCAUUCUUAAACUGGGUCGCUCCAAAUACUUGUCUCUCGUUGACGAUCUCAUUCGUCGCCUCAAAUCCGAUUCCCACCCCAUUACUCCUACCCUCUUCUCUUACUUGAUCAAAAUCUAUGGUGAAGCUGAUUUGCCCGACAAAGCCCUCAAGACCUUUUACACGAUGAUACAAUUCGAUUGCAGGCCUUUACCCAAACACCUGAACCGCAUUCUCGAGAUUCUUGUUUCCCACAGGAAUUAUGUUCGACCCGCGUUUGAUCUCUUCAAGGAUGCUCACAGGUAUGGGGUGUUGCCCAACACCAAGUCCUACAAUAUUCUUAUGCGGGCCUUCUGUUUAAAUGGGGAUAUUAGCAUUGCCUACUCUCUGUUCAAUAAAAUGUUUCAGAGAGAUGUCGUUCCGGAUAUCGAGUCUUACCGAAUUUUGAUGCAAGCAUUGUGUAGGAAGAGUCAAGUGAAUGGAGCUGUUGAUCUGUUGGAGGAUAUGCUGAACAAAGGUUUUGUUCCGGAUUCUUUGACUUAUACCACUUUGUUGAAUAGUUUGUGCAGGAAGAAGAAGCUCAGGGAAGCUUACAAGCUUCUUUGUAGAAUGAAGGUCAAAGGGUGCAAUCCUGAUAUAGUUCAUUACAAUACAGUCAUAUUGGGGUUUUGUAGAGAAGGGCGUGCUCACGAUGCUUGCAAAGUUAUCGAUGACAUGCAGGUCAAUAGGUGCUUGCCUAAUCUCGUGUCUUAUCGUACUUUGGUAAGUGGUUUAUGUGACAUGGGAAUGCUUGAUGAAGCAAAUAAAUAUACGGAGGAAAUGCUGUCCAAAGGUUUUUCUCCUCAUUUCGCUGUUAUCCAUGCCUUAGUGAAGGGGUUCUGCAAUGUUGGUAGGAUUGAAGAAGCUUGUGAAGUUCUCACCAAGUCACUAAAGCAUGGGGAAUCUCCUCAUACGGAUACUUGGACGAUCUUAAUACCUAUGAUAUGUGAAGUGGAUGAUGGUGUGAAAACCAGUGAUGUUCUGGAGGAAGUUCUUAAGAUUGAAAUAAAAGGUCAUACUAGAAUUGUGGAUGCUGGCAUUGGUUUGGAGAACUACCUGAUUAGGAAGAUACGAUCCAAGUCAAGAGCAUCUUAAACAUCUGUAGGACUUACGACUUACAAGCAUGAUUUUGUCAAUCUAUGUUGGAUCUGCAUAUUCAGUACCAGGUAACUGAGGAAUGUUGGAGAACAUGGAAAAUGCUUAUUAGACCUGUAUAGGUGGCAUGAUCAGAAAGUAGGUGUGCAGCAAAUGAGGUGAGUCUAACUAUAAUUAAAUGGUAAAAGUUGUAUAAAUGUGAGAUGAUGUGUAUAUGUGUGUGCACGAGUCUUUCACUGUUCAUUCCACCUGUUAGUAUCUUGGUUUUUGGUGGUUUUUUCUUUUGUUUGUUUGACUUGUAAAAUGUCAUGGGAAGAAAUGUGUAGAAGAAACCUUUGGGGAUCCAUGUUUCAUAUGCAUUCCUUAACUUGUACGCUUCCUUUAAGUUAACUGUGCAUUCUUCUUAUCUGAACUGUUGAUCCCAUCACACUAGCGUUGUCUUGAUUUUUGAUUUUUUUUUUCUUGACUCUGUAGAAUCUAUUGCUUUUUGAACACAGCAUCUAAAAUUCAUCUCUUCAUUCUCUUUCUUUGUGAACCUAGCCUUUCCAUUUGGUCUUUCUCUCCGCCGAAAUAGCCUUUUUCUUCUGCGUAAAGAGAAUCCAUACUUUCGUUCGCUCUACCUCAUUUUCUACAUCUCCCAUACAGUCUAUCUCCCUCCCCUCUUGCCUGUACAAUUUCACGGUCAUUUCCACCAAAUCAUCGAAUGGAACGUUAGUGUUACUCCAAGCUGGAAUCUUCUUGAAGGGGGUAGGUCUGUGUAUGCUAUUCGGUGGGCUACGGUCGGAAAAGAUCACACUCGCACCCCAUAACCAUGUUGAUUCCAGUUAUGAAACUUUGGACACUGGCCUUGGGAACCAUCAGAAAAACCUGUUGCUGAUAUUUAUCAAUGAUCGAGUUCUAACUGAUUUGAAGUAAGAGCAAAUUAGAGAAAUCGGAGUCUAUUUUGAAAAAUUGUUGAAACAGAAUAUAAGAAUGUGGGAUAUGUUAUUUGAUUGGAAAUCUCAUUGUCAAGUCUUAUGACUUUGGAACCACGUGACAUUCAUAGAUGCAAAUGUACAUUUACUAUAU